UAAACGAUGGGUACAUUCGUGUCCACUGAUGAACACUAUCUGCUCUGCGGUCACAUCGAUGACAAAGUACGUGAAGAGUGGACGGGACUGUUAUCGGCACACAAUGACACCAUUAACUUCAUCAUUGAUUCAGCCAAACAAAUGGCAGACUUUAUACAAACUGAUAUUAGCGAAACACGUACUUUGCGGACACCAUUACGUCGUACGAGUAAACGAAAGCGAUCUUCAGUGACGGCGGCCGUCAGACAACUGGUUCUCACGUCUAAUAAAAAACCACUUCCUUCUGGAUGUAAAGUCCGUGAUGUGUCCAUUGCUACUCCCCGUAGGUUUAGUAAACGACCGAAAAGGUCGACAAUUCGAUUGGACACAACUGUCGAGGAAAUGGAAGUGGACGGUGCGGCCAAACAAACUGUUGAUAUUGUGAUGGAUGCGAUUGUCAAUGAAGACAUAGAAUUGCCAAAUAUCUUGACUGUCAACCAUUCACCCGAAAAACUGAAUGACAAAGUUAUUAAUGAAUUAAUUGUCGACCAAAAGCAAGAGACAGUACAGCAAGAAGUUGAUAAAGAAAUUGGCGAAAAUAAAGUAUUGACGGCAUCGGAAAUGAUGUCUGAAUUGUCAAUUAAUGAAGAAAUAAAUAAAGCAAACGAAUCGGACAAUGAAUGGAUGACUGAUGACGAAGACGGAGGUAAUAAUCAAAGAGAAACGGAAGCCUUUUUCGAUGCGAUGGACAGAAAGGAUUCCAAAAUGAAUUCUAUAGUUUCUGUAACUAAUAAAACAUUGGUUACCAAUACUGCGACCAAAGAAAAGCGUAAGAAAUCACUUUAUUUUACACCACAAACUACUCAACGAUCAACUCGAGCUCAAUCACGAAUGUUGUCCAGAGUUGCGGAAACGAGUCAAAGGACUCCACAAACAAGUUCUAAGAAUCCUUUUAUGUCAGCAAAACAAAGUGCAUUCGUGGCUAACACCAGCAAUUCGGACACUUCUACCAAACGAGUGACCGGUGGUUCAUCUGCUCGAUCAGUUCGAGUCGUAUCUCGUAUUCAACGACAACUUCCAGACACCAAAACUCUGACUGACAGCGCAUUGAAGAGGCGUCAAGAGGCCGAUGAUAUACGAAGACAAAGAUUAUUGGCUUCACAAGAAAAGGAAAAGAAAGCGAUGGAAAAGAGACGAAUACUUAUUGAGCAAACUGUUAAUGAAAAGAAACUUAAGUCUCAAGAAAAGGCCAAUAAAGCCGCGGAAUUGAGAGAAUUAAAUAAACAAAAAGAAUCGGAACGGCUUCGCAAAGAACAAGAUAAACGAGAAGAAUGGGAACGAAAACGACAGGAAGAAAGAAGAGAACAAAUGCGCAAAAAACAAGAAGAGUUACUUCAAAAGGCACGAGAAAAUGAAAGGCGAAAGCAAUUGCAAGAAAUGAAGGAAAUGGAAGAAAAGCUGAAAAAACAACAAGAGUUGGCCCGAAAACAGGAACAGGAAAAGGAAAGAAUUAAAGAACAGGAAAGAUUGGCUGCACUUAUACAACAACACAACAACAGUCUUCAACAAAAAGCUGUGGCCAACUCAUUCAUUAAGAAAUGUGAAUCUAAUUCACAGUUAGUUCCAAAAGUUGUCAUCAAUAAAAUGAGUGCCGAAGACACAGCCAAACAUAUGAUAUCAACGUCUGCUAAUGCAGUUAUUCCUCAAAAAGUGGAAGUCAAUGAAACUGUAGCCAAACCUGAAGUUCAAAAUCAAACGUUUACUAAGGAUCAAACAUUUGUAGUAAACAAAGACGAACCUAAAGAUACUUCAAGUUAUGAAAUGACUCCACCGCCUAAAGAACUCGAUUUCGACAAUUACGAUAUAAGUGAAGUACAAUCGGGAGAUGAGACCGAUGAUGAACAACAGCCCCGUAAACGUAUACCCAAUUGGGCCAGAGGUCAGGCUUUUAUUAAACAAGUGCACAGACAAUACAGUAAGCCAUACAAAGAAAUAUAUAAAGAGAUUAAAGGAGUGUUUGGUUCGGGAGAUGUUUUGCUCAAUGCUUUUAAAUUAGAUUUUGAUCUCAUGUUUCCUAAGAAACCAUUGCACCCGAGGUAUGCAAAACGCACCUCAUCUGCCAUUUGGGAAGAGCCUCCCUCUCGGUAUCGCAUUAAUGAGUCCUCCAUUAAUGAAUCGUUUAUAUAAAUACAGUGAUUAUCC